AUGAUUAUUGGUAUUAGAGGACCAAGUGGUACAACUAGAGUUGAAAUUAACGACUCAGCAAUUGUAAAAGAUUUACUUGUAAAAUUGAAAAACAGUGGUGUUGGAAUUGAUGGUAAAUCAAUUUCUAAAUCACCAAGAGAUCCACCAUUAAGUGCAGGUGAUAGAUUAUCAGCUGUUGGUAUAAAAAAUGGCGAUUUAUUAUAUUUAGUUGGCUCAUCAUCAAAUGAAGAAAGCAGCAAUAAUAGUAGUAACAGUAAUAAUAAUAGUAAUAAUAAUAAUAAUAAUAACAAUAUUAAAGAGGAAUAUAUAGACGAUAGAUUACCAAAUGGAUUAACAAUUAGAUGUAAACAUCUACCAGGUGAUAAAUGUGUAUUUUGUUCAGAAGCCCAAGGUUUAAAGAAAUGUAAUCAUCCAGAAAAUACAACAUGUCCAAAUUGUCAAGAUAAGAAAUUUAAGGGUAGAAGAUUAAAAUGGCUUUGUAAUCAUCCACCAGGCGGAAAAUGUAGUAACUGUCUUAAAGUUCCAAAAAAUGUAUCAUAUAAAUGUAAUCAUGGUCCAACUGCAACAUGUGUAAAUUGUAUGGGUAAAGAAGAAGAAGAAGAGGCCAGUCAAGAAACCAACAAUAAUAAUAUUGCAUCAAGUGGUGGUUUUUCACCCAAAGUAGCUAUAAAAAGUGAUAUUAAAACAAAAUGUUUACAUGGUCCAAAUGCAAAAUGUGUCAACUGUUUACCAAAAGAUGAUCCAAAUGCACCAACAUUACCAACUAGAAAAUGUAAAAAUCAUGGUAUUCAUGGAUCAUGUGUUGAAUGUAUCGAGUGGAGAGAAAGUCUCAAGAUGAAACUAAAGAGUCAAGAUAAUCCACAUUGCCCAGGAGCAUUAGUAGAUUUUACUUCAGCUAAUAUUUUCCAACAAUAUGUUCAAAGUAAGAAAUUUGAAGUCCAAAGAGUUGGUUUUCUUUAUGGUAAUAUUCUUCAAGAUGGAUCAGUUGUCAUUGAUAGUAUUUAUGAACCACCACAAGAGUGCAAAGAUGGUCAAACUGUUACAAUUUUAAAUGAUCCAAGAGGUGAAAAAGUAGAGUCAAUCGCAUCAAUGUUAGGUAUGACCAGAGUGGGUUGGAUAUUUUCACAUCCAUCAAGAAAGUAUGUAAUGUCAUCAAAAGAUAUUAUUCAAGCAGCAGCCUUUCAAAAUAAAUAUGGUUCAAGUUUUGCUACAUUAAUUUUAUCAGCCAAUACUGAAGGCCAAAGUAAUAUUGAGGCCUUCCAAGUCUCUGAUCAAGCUUUAGCUUUGGAAAAAAGAGGUGAAUUCCUUCAAAACCAACCCGACCCAACCAAAUGUAAAUUAAAAACUGCGGUUUUCGAAGAAGGUACUGAAACUAAUAACGCUGAUAAUAACUUUUUCAUUGUUACUGUACCAUUAAAAGCAAGAGAAGAUAAAUCAAUUUUCAAGUGUAAUUUCCCUGUAGAAAAUAGACAACCUGGAACCACAAUCUCUGAUUUAGCCUCUUACAAACUUGAACUUAAAGAUACAUCACCAUUAGAAUUCUUUUCAGAUUUCCACUUUUUAAUUUUCCUUUUAGAAAACGAAUUAUUUGAUUUCUCUGUUGACUUCCCAGUAAUUUGUGAAAGUAUUCAAAAGAGAUCCUCAGAAAACUUAAUUGGUUAUAACGAAAUUAUUUCAUAUCAUGUAGGCGAUUUGAUUGGUCAUGACCAAAUUAAUUAA